UGACUUAUUUUAUCAAAAAGGUUUAUAGAAAAUCAGAAAUAGGUUGUUAAAAUGGAGUUUGUAGGAACAUGGAUGCUUAAGGAGCAAGUUGGAUAUGAAGAGUUCAUGAAACUUAUGGGCGUUCCUGAACAAUACAUUGCUGCUGGAAAGAAUGCGCCGGUGACUUUGAAAGUCGAAUGCAGCGAUGGAGAAAACUUUGUUGUAACAACAACCACUGGACCAAAAUCUUGGACAGAUACCUUUAAAGUGGGUGAACCAGCGACUAUAUGUGGACCAGGACAAAGACCAAUUAACACAGUCGUGCACCUUGUAGACGGGAAACUGACCGGGGAAUAUGAAAUCGGAGGAACUAAUCUACAAGCUUGCAGACAGGUGGUUGGCGAUAAACUCCAUGACAUUCUUAGCACCGAAGGCAUCACGUUCAAGAGAAUUUUUGACCGGCAGUGACACCUGAAGCAUACCCAUUAUCCAUAUGUACACAAAAUGAUAUUAAUAAUUUAAAAUAUACACUUCAUUUUACAUGAACAAAAACUGUACAUUUCUAUCAUAGACAUGAAAACUCUAUAAGUAGUGAAUUUUGAGACAGAACGCACGUUUUACCCAAAAUAUUCUGGCGUUUAUUAUAUAUCAACAUUUAAAAUUGUAAAACCGUUAACAAAAUUCAA